CUCACUGGCAUCCAACGUCCAAGCCAUGGCUCGCACGAAGCAGACGGCGCGCAAGUCGACGGGCGGCAAGGCCCCGCGCAAGCAGCUGGCCACCAAGGCGGCCCGCAAGAGCGCGCCGGCCACCGGCGGCGUCAAGAAGCCGCACCGCUACCGGCCCGGCACGGUGGCCCUGCGCGAGAUCCGCCGCUACCAGAAGUCCACCGAGCUGCUGAUCCGCAAGCUGCCGUUCCAGCGGCUGGUGCGCGAGAUCGCGCAGGACUUCAAGACCGACCUGCGCUUCCAGAGCUCGGCCGUGAUGGCGCUGCAGGAGGCGUGCGAGGCCUACCUGGUGGGGCUCUUCGAGGACACCAACCUGUGCGCCAUCCACGCCAAGCGCGUCACCAUCAUGCCCAAGGACAUCCAGCUGGCGCGCCGCAUCCGCGGGGAGCGGGCCUGAGCCACAAGGUCUGUCACUCCUUCCCAAAGGCUCUUUUCAGAGCCACCACAUGUACGCUGAAAAGGACUGUUUCCCUGUAACGGAUAUUGAUGGGUUGGUUUCACUGGUGGAUAACGACCAUUUACCGGCGCUUUACAGUGUUUUAGGAAGUUAGUAAAGACCCUCACAAGUGCA